CUUCUCUCUUCUCUCUCUCUCUCUCUUCCUCCUCCUCCUCCCCAUCAUCCUUAUCUCUUCGAUAGAGGUCUGGUCCUCUCUUUACUUCAAAUCUAUUUCUCUUUCCUUUGUCUUUGUCUUCUCCUCUUAGACAAAAGAAUCGCUAUAGAUUAUACUUGGCCACUUUAGAGCGUCUGCGUCUCUUGUUCAGGACGCAGUUUUCGUGGGCCGCCACCUUUUAUCGAGAUACCCUAAUAGGACGCCUUUUACCGCGUUCUCGGUUCUUUGGAUUUUCUCCCUUUUUCCCCCCUCUUCUCCUUUCGAUUUAUUUUCGUCGACUCUUACAAAAUGCCUGCUGUCGACGUUGCUUCCGUUCCCGCCGUUUCGGCCAAGGAGACUGCUCAGUCUGUCGCCGUCCUCGAGGACCUCAUCAAGAACCUCACCAUUUCCACAACCCAGGAUGAGGCGAACGCUGCUGCUGAUAACCUUGCUCACUUGUUCAGCGGUCCUAUCCCUGAGCAGACUCUCCCCCUCAAGGCUGUUGAGUCCUUCAAGAAGCAGCUCUCCAACAAGAAGGAUGCUGUCGUUCGUGAGCGUGCUCUCCAGGGCAUUCGGGCUAUUGCCUCCCACGCCACUAUCGCCCCUGGUGUCGAGCCCCACCUCGUCUCUCUUCUCCCCGCUGUCCUCGCCGCUGUCGGUGACAAGAUGGUCCCCGUCAAGAACGCCGCUCAGGGUGCCGCUGUUGCCAUCGUCAAGGGCAUCAACGGCAACGCUGUCAAGGCUGUCCUCCCUCCUAUCCUCGACUCUCUUGCCAACGCCCAGAAGUGGGCUGAGAAGAUGACCGCUCUCGACUGUCUGUCCGACCUUGUCGAGUCUGCUCCCGCUCAGCUCUCCUUCCGUGUUCCCGAACUGAUCCCCGUUGUCUCCGAGGCCAUGUGGGACACCAAGGCUGAGAUCAAGAAGGCCGCUUACACCACCAUGGAGAAGGUUUGCGGUCUGAUCGUCAACAAGGAUAUUGAGCGUUUCAUUCCCGAGCUCAUCAAGUGUAUUGCCAAGCCUGAGAACGUCCCUGAGACCGUUCACUUGCUCGGUGCCACCACUUUCGUCUCCGAUGUCACUGGCCCCACUCUGGCUAUCAUGGUCCCCCUGCUUGAUCGUGGUCUCGUCGAGCGUGAGACCGCUAUCAAGCGUAAGUCCGCUGUCAUCGUUGACAACAUGUGUAAGCUGGUCGAGGAUCCUCAGAUCGUCGCUCCCUUCUUGCCCAAGUUGAUGCCCCGUCUGGAGAAGAACUUCGACACUCUGGCCGAUCCCGAGGCUCGUGAGAAGACCAAGCAGGCCUUGGAUACCCUGCUCCGUGUCGGUGACGUUAAGGACGGCAAGAUCCCCGAGAUCUCAAACGCUGGUGACAUUGCCACCGUUGCUGCCAUCCUCAAGGAUAUCCUUUCCGCCAAGUUCCAGGCCCAGAUUGAGCAGUCCGAGGCUGUCAUUAACUACGUCGGUGCCAUCGCUGGUCAGCUCGUUGACGAGAAGGACAGCGAGGUUAUCAGCUGGACCCAGAACGCUCUUCCCUACAUCACCGCGAUCGUCGGUGAGGAGGAGGCUAAGCCCAUCGCUGAGACCCUCCGCAAGCGUGCCUCCCCCGGUGCUGCUGAAGACGACGCCGUUCUCUCUGAUGAGGAGGAGGGUGAAGAUCUCUGCAACUGCACUUUCUCCCUGGCUUAUGGUGCCAAGAUCUUGCUCAACCAGACCGCUCUCCGUCUGAAGCGUGGUCAGCGUUACGGUCUGCUCGGCCCCAACGGUUCCGGAAAGACCACCCUCAUGCGUGCUAUCAACAACGAGCAGCUUGAAGGUUUCCCCAAGAAGAGCGAGGUCAAGACCGUCUACGUCGAGCACGACUUGGACGCUGCCGAUACUGAGCAGACCGUCAUUGGCUGGACCCUGAAGAAGCUCUGCGAGGUCGGACUUGAUCUUAAGCAGGAAGAUGUCGAGGCUAAGCUCGAGGAGUUCGGUUUCCUCCGUGAACAAUUCGAAGGUCCUAUCACCUCCCUGUCUGGUGGUUGGAAGAUGAAGCUGGCUCUUGCCCGUGCUGUCUUCGAGGCCCCCGAUAUUCUGCUCCUGGACGAGCCCACCAACCACUUGGACGUCAAGAACGUCGCCUGGUUGGAGAACUACCUCUGCACCUCUCCUUGCACAUCCAUCAUUGUCUCCCACGACAGCAAGUUCUUGGACAACGUCCUCCAGCAUGUCAUCCAUUACGAGCGCUUCAAGCUUAAGCGUUACCGUGGAAGCCUGAGCGAGUUCGUCAAGAAGCUGCCCUCUGCCCGCUCCUACUACGAGCUCGGUGCCUCCGACAUGGAGUUCAAGUUCCCCGAGCCCGGUUUCCUGGAGGGUGUCAAGACCAAGGCCAAGGCCAUCAUUCGUGUCACCAACAUGACCUUCCAGUACCCCAACACCCCCAAGCCCCAGAUCAGCGACAUUUCUUUCCAGGUCUCCCUGGGCUCUCGUAUUGCUGUCAUCGGUCCUAACGGUGCUGGUAAAUCCACCCUGGUUAACGUUCUGACCGGUGAAUUGAUCCCCACCUCUGGUGAGGUCUAUCAGCACGAGAACAUUCGUAUCGCCUACAUCAAGCAGCACGCUUUCGCUCACAUCGAUAACCACCUCGACAGCACUCCCUCCGAGUACAUCCAGUGGCGUUUCCAGACCGGUGAGGACCGUGAGACCAUGGACCGUGCCAACAAGAUCGUCACCGAGGAGGAUGAGAAGGCUAUGGACAAGAUCUACAAGAUUGAAGGCACCCCCCGUCGUGUCAUUGGUAUCCACGCUCGUCGUAAGUUCAAGAACACUUAUGAGUACGAGUGUUCCUUCCUGCUUGGUGACAACAUCGGCAUGAAGAGCGAGAAGUGGACUCCUAUGAUGACCUCUGACAACGCCUGGAUUCCUCGUAACGAGAUUAUGCAGUCCCACGCCAAGAUGGUCGCUGAGGUUGAUCAGAAGGAGGCCCUGGCCAGCGGUCAGUUCCGCCCUCUGGUCCGCAAGGAGAUCGAAAUCCACUGCGCUCAGUUCGGUCUCGAUGCCGAACUUGUUUCUCACUCCCGCAUGCGCGGUCUGUCCGGUGGCCAGCGUGUCAAGGUCGUGCUUGCUGCUUGCUCCUGGCAGCGUCCUCACGUCAUCGUCCUGGACGAGCCUACCAACUACCUCGACCGUGACUCCCUUGGUGCUCUGUCCAAGGCUCUGAAGGCCUUCGAGGGUGGUGUUAUCAUCAUUACUCACUCUCGUGAGUUCACUGAGAACCUCACCGAGGAAGUCUGGGCCGUCCUGGACGGUAAGAUGACUCCUUCCGGCCACAACUGGGUUCAGGGUCAGGGAUCUGGUCCCCGUCUCCAGGAGGACAACGAGGCCAAGGAGGUUGUCGACGCCUUUGGCAACAAGACUGUUGUAGAAAAGAAGAAGAAGCUUACCAGCUCCGAGCUCAGGAAAAAGCGAAAGGAGCGUCUUGCUAGGAAGAAGCGUGGUGAGGAUGUUUCUGAGGAUGAGGAUUUCUAGGUUUGUGCGAAAAUCGCUAGGAAAAGUGACUUUGCUUUUUUUUUUGAUGACCGAUAUGGGGUUAAUACAUGCUUAGCUUUUUUUGUUCAUGUAUAGAGGUUAUGAUUCUAUGAAUCCAAUUUCAUUUGUUCGCUUCAAAA